AUGGACGACCUCGUCACCUCUCCAGCCCCAACAAGCGGCCUCCCCAUCGGCUUCUACGGCAUAUUAAUCCACACUCCAAAUCUCACCACUCUCGAAAUCCUAGAAAACAGCCUCAUAAUCGUCGACAAUAACGGCAAGAUCCAGGCGCUCCAAACCGGAGUGGAGCCGGGGCAGAUCAACUCCAUCAUCACAGAACUAGGCUACGCCCCCGAUGUGUUUCCCAUCAAGUAUCUCCCUCGCGGCCAAUUCCUUUGCCCUGGUUUCAUAGACACCCACAACCACGCCCCGCAGUGGACGCAGCGCGGGAUCGGCCGCGGGAAAACCCUCCUCGAAUGGCUCAACGACAUCACCUUCGCCCACGAAGCCAAAUUCGCCGACACGGCCUACGCCCGGCAGACAUACUCGUCCGUCGUAUUACGGCUCGCUCACGGGGAAGCUACCCGCAUCCUUGCAGACGUGUGUCUGGAGAAGGGGCAGCGAGCGCUGGUAGGAAAAUGCAAUAUGAACCGGCACGCGCCCGACUGGUAUCGCGAUUUGUCGGUCAACGAGUCGCUGGAGCAGACGCGGGAAGUCAUUCGGCAUAUUCAGAAGAUCGACCCGGAUAAUAAGCUCGUGCAGGCGGUUCUUACGCCUCGGUUUGCGGUCUCCUGCGAGCCUGAUCUGCUGAUGGGGAUAGGGGAGAUCGCGAAGGAGUAUCCAGACCUGCCGAUCCAGACGCAUUUUAACGAAGCGCAGGGUGAAAUUGAGUUCACUCGCUCGCUGUUUCCGGAGUUUAGGACGGAGACGGAGCUGUACGGUCAUUUUGGGCUUUUGAAUGAAAGGUCUAUUCUGGCGCAUUGCAUCUACUUGGCCGAAGAGGAGAUCCAGACACUAGAACAGCGUCGUUGUGGAGUUGCGCACUGUCCGAUUUCGAAUACGACGAUGGACGUCUUCAUGGUUGCUCCAAUACGAGAGUAUCUGAGACGGGGUAUCAAGGUGGGACUCGGAACUGAUUGCGGAGGAGGGCAUUCUAUAUCCAUGCUGGAGUGCAUGAGGCAAGCGUUCGUGGUCUCAAUUGCGCGGCAGACAAGUACUGAGGGGAAAGACGAAGCUUUAUCCUUGGUGGAAGGGUUUUUUCUCGCCACGCUGGGAGGCGCCCAGGUCUGCGGGCUGGACCAUAAAGUGGGAAGCUUUGCAGUGGGCAAAGAGUUCGACGCUCUUGAGGUGCAUGCCAUAAAUGAGGAGAAUCCGGGUACAAUGACACCUGUAGAAGAGGAAGAUUCUCUAUCUGUGAUCUUCGAAAAGUGGGUCAUGACUGGGGAUGAUCGAAACAUUGCGAAAGUGUACAUCCGUGGGCGUUCAGUGAAGGCAUAA